AUGACGAGUUUCAAUAAAGCGGCACCGGCGCCUGACCUAUUGGCGUCGGAGCCACAGAAGACUCAAACCUUAGCGAGUACCGUACAACCAGGGCUGGAGCAUCGGCCCUUCAGCGACGAGGAGAUUAAGGAGGCUUUUGCCACCUUUGAUCUCGACAACAACCGUUUCGUGGGCGCAGCCGAGAUCUCGCAUAUCUUGAAGCUCAUCGGCGAAGAUGUGUCACACCAGGAGGUAGAUGAGAUGAUCAGAAUGUGCGAUUCUGAUGGUGAUGGCCAGGUGACCUUUGAUGAGUUUUACAAGAUGAUGACCACACCAGCUCCGCCUUUGCCUCCACCGGUGAAUUCCAACAAGAAGAAACCUUACUCCGACAAACUCGGAGGUGCCAAGAGGUACGCGAAGCAGCUCACAGAAACAGGUCCUACCUUCGCACAGAAGGCGAAGGAGGAACUGUCACAGUUCAAGGGCGAUUGGCGCGCGCAGCAAGCGGCUGCCGGUGGCAACGCGCAGGAUCGACACCAUCGCUCCGUGACGGUUGAGGCGUUAAUCCACAAGUUGUCGGGUGGCAUGGGAAAGAUCAAGCCGUCCCAGAUCAAGAAGAUCUACAAACGUUUCGGGGACAUCGAUGUGGACAAGAGUGGAGCCAUCGAUUACGAGGAGUUCAUUCAGGCCAUGGACAUGGAAGACACCAACAUUGCCAGACAAAUGUUCCGAGUGUUUGAUAUGGACGGCUCUGGUAGCAUUGAGCUUAAGGAGUUCAUCGUGGUCCUGUCACGUUACACCGCGGCAGCCAAGACGGAAAAACUGAAGUUCGCCUUCAUGAUGUUCGACGAGGAUGGCAGUGGUCUCAUAGAUCGACGCGAGCUCGUGGAAAUGUUGCGGGCCAGCUUUGUCGUGGAGGGCUUUAGCCCGGAGGAACUGGAAGAGCGGGCCGAUAAGGCCGACAAAGCAAAGUGGCUGCAAUCGGAGCUGCUCCAGCUGCCUACUGCCGAGUUGGUGAACCUGUCAAAGUGGUUGCAGCAGGUGGUAACGGCUCGAUCGGCCCUGGAGCAGUUGGAAGCGCCAUUUGCAAAGAAGGAGGAGGUAACGAUCGCGGCCCCCGCCUGCACGACUGUUCCUGCACUUGCAGAGCCAGCGCCAACUCCGGCUGCCCCGGCUGCCCCGGCUGCCCCGCCUCCGCCGGCCCCGGCUCCCACGCCAGCGCCAGCAGCAGCAACAGCAGCAGCACCUGCAGUGACAGCAGCAGCACCUGCAGCAUCCACCCCGGCAGCAGCACCAGCACCACUUGUAGCACCUGCGGCAGCACCCUCUGUAGCGGCACCAGCGCCUGUGGCUGCCCCACCAGUAGCAGUGGUGCCAGGAGCUCGAGCGCGUAGCCGAUCAAGGAGCUCGAAGCGACAGGUUGCGCCUGAAGCUGCACCGCCAGCCACGGGAAAGACCAAGGAUGAUCCGGAAGCAGCGUCCUGCAACGGCCACGCGCCGAAGAAUGCGCCAAAGAAUGCGGCUGUUGUCAAUGGCCCAGCGAUGGAGGUAGCGACCCCAAGCAAACCGGCUGCAGAGCCCAGCGUUGUGGAGGCAGUUGCGAUUGCCCCGGAGUUGCCGACACCGCCGGCGGAGGAGUCCACGUGCGCGCCUCGUAGCAGCCUGGCGUUGAGCGCGGACCAUUCAGAAUUGAUGAGCUCCCUUUGGUCAGCCUUCGGCACGGCCAACAGCUGCCGUUCCAAGGUGACACAGGCGGAACAGAACCUUUGCGCCAUGCAGUCUCAGCUGCAGAUGUCCAUGCAAAAGGCGGAAGAAGCCUUUGUGGCAGUUCAGCACUGGACUGGUAUGGUGGAACAAUUCAAGAUGGAGCAGAUGACUUUCGCCAACAUGUGCUACGAUCCCAAUAUGCAAGCACAAGCGCAGCAGCGCGUGGCCACGGCCAUGCAAAAUCACACCUUCGCGCAGCAGUCUGGCGAGCGCGCGAUGCAGCAGCGGCAGAGCGCUGAAAUGGCGCUACAAAAUGCGCAAACGCUGCUACUGACAGAGCAGGCAGAGAUGAAGAAGGCUGGAGGCGAACUGAGGCAGGUGGUGCAAAGGGCUGAAGCCUUCCUGAAAGAGAACCGCAACGCCUUACCGCAGGACAAGGUGCAGCCGCUCUGUGCCCUGUGCACGCGCUUCAUGUCCUUCGCGCAGCAGCUUGGAGCGGGUCAGGAGGAAGCCAUGACAGGCUCCGGUCAGUCGCAGGUGACUCCCAAAGCUGGACAACAAGCUCCAGGCGGUGCGCUGCAUCCCUUGGUGGACUACCAGCAGAGGGUCAUGAUUCUGGAGGAGCAGAAGACGGAUGAAAACCAGAUGGAUGAACUGUUCACCAGUCGAGACGAAGACGUGGCCAUGGCUGUUCCCUUCGGCCCGGUGCCCGUGGGCCCUGUGAACACCGGCAGCGCAACCGCGGUCACGCAAGCGCCGGCGCCGCCGGUAGAUCAACUUGCGGCCUACAAGAACCGACUCAUGGAAGAGGCCACUUACCUUCAAGCCGUCUUCGGCGGCAAAAAGGGCGACGGAACGGAUGGAACUCCUGAGCCCGGUCCAGUGGCGUGAAGUGGAGAUGAUUACAGUGGUGAUUUCCAUGGGGAAGAGGUG